AUGGGCCAGACCCCCCACCCCACCCAGGGUAUUUACCCCAACCUCAUCCCCUACCCUGACCCCAAGACAUUCUGCCCUCCUCAGGGCUCCUACUCUAACCUUGUCCUCAACCCCAAACCCCUCCAGGCCUCUCGGCAGCCAUUGAGAGACCCUCCCCUUACCCCUUAUCCUAAGCCUAAGGGACCCAGGUCUCCCAGCCCUAAACCUAAGGACCCCUCCCUUAUUACUCCCACCCAGGAGUCUCCUCCCCUCCCCUUUCCACCCCUUCCCUCCCCUUCCCUCCCAUCCCCUCCUCAGCCCACUAGAAAGAUACACCUCUUUCCUAAAAAUCCUCUUCCUGACCCCCCCUCUCACUCCCUGAUCACUCCCAUGCAGGAGUAUCCACCCCUUCCCUCUCCUCCCUUCCCAUCCCCUCCUCAGCCCACUAGCAAGAUACACCUUCUGUCCAAAAAGUUCCUUCCUAACCACCCCUCUCCUCUGUGUCUCCCCCCUACAGGCGAUGCUGGUCUCCGGUCGGACUCGGCCGGUCAACGGGUCCCUUCAGACCACACCCAAAAUCAGGGAGGGUUCGUGAUGAAAGGGACUAAGAGGCGGGACUACUCCAGCUGCCUGCUGAGUGUUGCUGGCAGUGAGUGUGAACGUGUGGCCCGCAGUCUGCACUGA